GGCUGUCAGGGUCACGGAGAUGGCAUUGUAUUGUAUUUUUCCUUGCUGAUUCCCAUUUCUCUGAGACAAAUCUGGUUGCCAUGGAGAGUGUGCUGUUGUCAAGGUGGCUGAUUGGCUGGUGCUGGAAGCGGGCGCUUCCUUGGGUGCCCUGGUGGCUGCAGCCCCCAGCCUGCACUGUGGAGCUGGACAGCAGCAUGGAUGGGGCCGGAACAGACGUGUGGGCCAGCAUCUUCACCCUGAUCAUGGCCAAGAGGAAGCCCUGGGACAUUUGGGUUCUGCUACCUGAGCACAGCCUGGUCCCAGGACGCCAGUACCUGCUGGUGGGGCUCUCGAGGCUCCAGUUCAGCCGCUGUCCAGGGGCCUGGGCCUUAGCCCACCUGCAGGUCCUCUUCCACCUGUGGUGGGACCGGGCCGGCCGCCUGGGGCUGGUGAGGGUGUGCGUCUGGAGCCAGCGAUGCAGGUGGUGCUGGGUGCCCGGGGGCUGCCAGGUGAGCUCCCUGGGCACGAGGCCCUUCCUCUGCAGGCUGGUCUUGCACAUUCUGAAGGACUGCUAUAGAGAGGGCCUCAGCCUGAGCCUGCUCACCAGGGCAGCCUAUGAGGGCUGCUGCGAGGCCUGUGAGCUGGGGGUCUGCUUCUUCCAGAAGGCCCCACACCCUGCCUGGAGCGCCAACACCACAAAAGGCACCUUCCCUGCCAUGGCCUGGAGUGGCACCACCGCUGCCUCCAAGGGCAAACAGCUGCCUGCCCCUGGCGACAGCCUCAGCAAUGAUGGCGGUGUCGCUGCCAUCCCCUUCUCCCUUGUGGGUGCCGGCAAUGACCAGGCGUCCAUCACUGAGGGCUUUGCCACUCCUGUGGGGGCCUCCCUCCUUGUGACCAGCAGCCCUGGGGGCCCCAUUACUGGCCAGGGCUCCAUCGACCUGUCUGGGGAUUCUGUGGCCAUGUGGGGGGGCAAAGGCUUCCGGGUAGACUUUGGAGACCCUGUCUUCCAUGGCCCCAGCCUCCUCGGUAGCAGCAUCCAGACCUUCUAGCUCAACGGCUUCCUCUUCGAAAUGGGGUCCCUCUGCAGCCCUGUUGGUGUGGCCUAGGGCCCGGGCCCUGCCUCCCUCAGCAAUGGCCCGGUCUCUGCGGGGAAACUCAUGCCAACCCUGUUCUACUGUGUGGGUCUCUCCGCCGGUGUUGACCUCACCCUACCCUCCUCCGUCACCGACACCUUCACCAAUACCGCCAGCAACUGCGCCCUCUCGGAGGCCACCAAUGGCCCUGUGGCCACUGAUGAGGCCUCGGUCACCUUACCCUUCAACUUUACUGAUGUCAAAGGCGCCGUUGCUGAGAUGGUUGAAGGCGACAGGAAGGAAGGAGGUGGCCAGGGCCUGGUCCCUGCGGGUCACGACCCCCUUCUAGAGACCAACGCUGGUGGCCUUGCCUCCCAGGUCAAGGGCUCCCUAGGUCCUCCUUUCCCUGCUGACGUCCAAGGCAAAGAUUCUUUUACUGACAUCACCCAAGGAGAGAAGAAAGGCGGCCUCCUCACCGCGGGUCACCACCUCCCUCCGGAGGCCAACGCUGAGGGCCCUGUCACCGUGAGUGAGGGCCCCAUCAUCAUUACUGAGGGCUCCAUCACCUUCUCCAUCUUCGAUGUCAUAAAGCGCAAGGCUGGCCACAUUGCUGACGGCGCCCAGGGCAGUGGCUACGUCACCCAAGGCUACUACUGGAAGAGAUGGCUGCGGUCCAGGCUCCACAAGGCUCACUGUGGGUGCCGCCGGGAGGAAGAUGGGCACCCUGUCCGCACCUGCCGCAGGCCGCACGCCGAGCCCUACGAGGACUUCCGGAUCUGGGUGUCCAUGACCGUGUGUGCCUUCGGGCUGAUGUGCCUGUGCCGGCUGAACCCUGGCAUCUACCCGCAGCAAGUGUGACGCCCGCCGCGCUCCAGCAA